CCAAUCCUGCGGUGAUGGAGAGUUUGGGGACAAAAAUAGCCUCAGUGGUGUGGCGUGGGUGCGCUCUACUAUUAGAGGAGGCAGCCUUUAUCUUUACUAACCUACGUUAGUACUUCAUUCUACAGAACACAUUGUAACAAAAUGGUUAUAAAAGUAUUUCUAGCUUCUUCAUCAGGAUCGACAGCGAUCAAAAAGAAGCAACAGGAUGUGCUUGGGUUCCUGGAGGCCCUGAAAGUGGACUACGCUCCAUUGGACAUUGCCUGCAAUGAGGACAACCGCAUGUGGAUGAGGGAAAAUGUCCCUGUGGAGAAAAAGCCCACCAACGGGAUCCCCCUACCCCCUCAGAUCUUCAACGAAGAGAGCUACUGUGGGGACUACGAGACAUUCUUUGACGCCAAAGAAGACAAUGCGGUGUAUGCCUUCCUGGGUCUGCCACCUCCUCCAGGUUCCAAGGAAGCGAAAGAGGCAUUUAUCCUUGAAAAUGGGCCUGUUGAGAAUGGAACCGUUUUAAACGGAACUGAUGAUGCUGAGGAUGAAGAGAACCUUGAAGCUGAGGAGGAGAACCUUGAUGAUGAUGACACACUAAAGGCCCCCGUGAAGGAGGAAGAAGCCCAGGAAGAAGUAGAUGAUGAAGAGGCUAAGGGAGAAGACGAUCAGCCGGUUUCUGAGGUCUCCUAUGGAGGGAUUUCUGAGGAAGAAGAGCUGCGACAGCUUGAGGAAGAAGAAGAGGCCCCAGAGGUAACAGAGGAGGAAGAAGAAGAAGUGACAGAGGAAUCAGAGCAGGAAGAAGAGGAUGAGUAGUUACAGCCAAGAAAGGUUUAGGAUGUGAUUUACUACUGCCCAGCCUAGAGAGACCCCUUUUUCCGGCCCUUCCUGACCCCUCUGAUCCCUCAGACCGUCCACCACCGGACUACUCACAUUGCCCCCAACUGCUCAUUGGGAACGCACAUGUCCCUCUGCUGGAACCUGCUGGCUGAAACCUGCCAAUUACACACUGUCGGCCCACCCAUACUCCAGAGAUAACCCCAUGUUUUACCAGAUGUUUAUAUUGCAUUCAGUGUGUAGCUCAAUUAAAUAGUGUUAUCAGUUUGUAGUUUUUAGCAGCUUUUCUAAUUGUACAUACACAGUCAUAUGUUAAGCAUUUAAAUAUUUCAGACAUACUUCUCAUGUUUCAAAUUGAAAAGGGUAGUUUUAUACCACAGUUUGUAUAGGAUGAUGAGCAUCUUACCACCAACACCUUAGCAGUCAAUGACCGACAGCUUUAACCCUGUGAGUAUCUGAGUGAAGAUCACUCUACUGUGAACUGCAACCAGUGAAUGGACUCUCGGACUGAAACUGAUCUAUCAAUGCAGUUCCUCUCACUCGAUGCCGGCAAAGAUGUUAGAUCUAUAUGUGUGAAUGCAACCCAGUGACUCUCAAUGCCUCAGUCCAACAUGAGAAAGACCCUCAUGUAGGGUUUCCACUAGCUUCCAUAGCCACAAAGUCAGAUUCCACAGCCACAAAGUCAAAUAAGGUUAGGGUUAAGGAUAGGGUUAGCCGUGUGAUUAGGGUUAGGUUUAAAAUAAAAUGUUAAGAAAUUGUAGAAAUGGGCGGGGUUUAGCCAUAAUGUGGCUAUGGAAACUAGUGACGACCCUCAUGCAGCGUGCCUUAUGACAGCUACUGGACACCAUUCACUGAACAUUACUGUUUGCUGAUUUACUCUGCAGUUUGUUGAAUGUAAAAGGAAGUGGAUGACUAAGAGAUCCUCCCUAGAUGUAAGAGAAGUGAAAUGCCAAUAAAGUUACAUGGCCUAUUA